AUGCGAGCCUCCACAAGCAUGGACGCCGCCUGUGACGGCGACAACGGCACCAGCGUGCGGAUUCCAUCUGCAGCGUCGACCACCAGCGCCCGUUCGAGUCGCCUAUGGCAGUCGACGGUUCGCUGGGUGGAAUCCAACGCUGUGCCAGGAGUGCACGCCUCCUCCGAGACUCCGCAGCCGAUUCGAAAGAACGCCUUCCAGUCGUCUCCAUCCUAUUCCCCCGUGUUGGAAUCGUUAGACGUGCCGCUCGCUAGGAUGGCCGCCACCGCAGCGCUAACGCCUACAAUGACCGAGGAACGUGACGACCAUGUGCUCAGCGCCUCCCCCAACGACGAGGAUACCCGUUCCGAUAAGCCGCGCACCAGCCUGCACCGAGGCGGUGAGUACCUCAUCGCGUGCUCUGCAUUUUGGCACCAUCAUGGAAGCAACAGCGGUGGCGGCGGCGGCGGUGGCGGUGGUCGGGUGGUCGCCCAUCGCGUCCCCGCGCCGCCAAAUCCUCCACGACUCUCCAGCUCACCGCAGCAGCAGCCUCUGCAGCAACCAGCGAGUACCACCCCACAGACAACGCCGACGACGGCAAUUUCGUUGUCGCUCAGGGAAGCCAAAACCGCCGCAGUAGGCGCACAGCGGGACGCCUCCGUCCGGAGCGGGUCGCCGCUGGAAGAGAAGGCGGAGGAUGCUCUCGUCACCCCGAGACUGCCAUUGCUCGAAGGCAAGCACACCCGUAAGGAGAGCACCGAUGUUGAGCUGAGCUCGAACCAUCUGGCGAGGCUUCCGCCAGGUGUGCCACUUUUCCAACCAACGAAAGUAGACCUGCCAUUCCCCACAACGGCAGCAGAAAGGCAAUGGAGGCCGUCACCCCCUGCAGCGGCUGCACUGCCGAGGGGUUCCUGCAACCCCCGGACCCUUGCGCUAGAACACGACCCUCAACGCUUUUCGAGCCGCUGGCAUCCUCAGCAGCCGCAGCAGCCACGGAAACCCAUCAGCAACUGCUGCUCGGAGGACUGUAACCUUGCAGCAGUCGCCACCGCCUCGAUCCUCGCCUCCCCUCUCACAAGCGACACGGACACACGUCCCAGCGCCGGCGAGUUGCAAGCGCUGUCAUUGCGGCCCAACUCGAGACUGUCUGGCUCAGCAGGGCAGCUCCUCUCCAUCGCUAGCUCUACCGACCACCGCUAUUUAUCACCUCCCUCGUGUACCUUAACGCCGUCACCUCUCUUGCUGGGCACGUGCGGCACCGAUACACACGCUCCGCUGGUAUCAAGUUUAAAGUGGUCGUACUCGCCGCGGGCGGAGGUGGACCACGCCGUCGUCAUCUCCCCUUUCUCCACCAAGUGUCGAGGUGGAAAGCACAAAAGAAAUCAAAAGCCAACACGCGUUUCCUCCGGCAGCUUGCUUCCGGCCGUUGGGCUGGCGGUUGGGCUGCCAGGCCUUGGCACCAUCGAGCGACUGCUGCCUCAACCACAAGCACCACUGCAAGGCCCCCUCUCACCAACGCUGCGCGCAAUUCCGAAGGGGUGGGGAUCGCCACCGCCGAUGAGCAACCCCAACAGCCCAGCGAGCAUUGCCUUGGGCAAUUUGUCGCGGGGUGCAAAUUCAAAUGCGACAGCAGCGCUCUUGGCUGUAGGGGUGGCACCCAGGCCCGCUUUGGCGGCGUCGGUGGGUUGUUCCGACUUGGCACUCUCUCCGAUUGAUGAGCAGGCCACUGAAGCUCAGCGCGAGAACACUUUUGCACGACCUCUUGAAGCCAAUGUAAAUGCUCUGUUUAGCGGCAGUGCGUACGCCGACGUUCGUGCGUCGACUGAGCUUCACGUGCUUCGUGCCCUUCCAGUAGCGCGAGCAUCCGUCGACCACGCCGCGAUGGAGACCGCAGUUGCCGCAGCGGGGGCGCCGUCGCUCGCUGCCCCGCACCUGUCGCUGGGGCAGAAUGCCACGCCGUGUAUGACACGUCUAUCUGCAUGCGAAGUGCUGACAGCAGACUCUACGUGCCACACUGCGGAUGUGCCACCACACACGCAGUUGCUGCCUGUCUCGGCGGCGGCGACGGCGAUGCUGAUGCCUCAAGGUCCACCCUUCGGAACACAUUCAUCUUCGGGCACCCACGAGCGAGGGUGUAACGGUCGCCCGUGUUGUUCGACAGAACCCGCAUUUGCUUCUCUUCUGACACCAUCGGUGCCAGAAGACGGUCUCGAGUCAGGCGCGGUGGCCUCAGGUGCGCCUUUCUCCGCGUACUCGACCUCCCCGCGCAAUCCGCAGGCACAGAUGACACCCAUAUCACUCGAACCACUGCAGCAGCUUUACAGCGGCACCAUUAGCAAGCGCGCAAGUCGCGGCACCGCCCACGACGAGCGCGACGGAGGUGCUUGUCGAAUCAGAUAUAGUGUUGGCGCAACUAACGUCGCACUCAGCCACGUAUUGAGCCCGCUGAUAGCCUCCGGUGCGGUACCGAAGGUGGCAGCGGCCACCAGCCGCUCAUCUCAGCAGCCCUUGCGCUCCUCUCUUGGGUGGGAAAGACAAGCCGAGGAUGCUGGGACGGUCACUUCGAUGUCGCCGGAAUUCGAGGUCGCCAGAACGCCAGGCCACAAAGGUGGCAGUGAUGCAGUGGCCACCGAGAAGGCAGUUGUGCCGAGUGUAGGCACCAACCCAAUGCAGUCUCCAGCGCCGUUGCCACUGACAACGCCUCUGCAGGGCUCGCAGAGGGCGGCGUUUCGGUUCCACAGUGUGAUCCGACGGAGCGAGGAUCACGGACGCAGUUCCUAUUUCCUCUCUGCCCACUCACCGAUCAACCCCUCCGUCUUGGCGGAGAAAAGGCGGCCUGAUAUGCUGAAGGAGCAAGACAGGAUAGUGGACAGGGGCACUUGUGGCGACGGCGGGGGUGAAAGAACUCAGUCACGCGUCUUCACAACGUCGCUGCAGCACUCGGUGAGUGCGGUGGCAGCCGGCAAUGUGCCCAGUAGAGCGGAGAACCUCAAGGCAGGUCGAAGACCCCGUUCCCGCCAGCGUCGAACCCGUGAGCUGCUGACGAGCAGCAGUAGCCUCAGGGAGCCGUGGACGGGCCUGCAGCUACCGCGCUCCACCGCGCCGGGCAACGUCUCGUUCACCAACGCCACGGGACAGACACUGCACUCUGUCGCCUUCCCGACGUGCAGCCCCGGUUACAGAGCCAGUAUGCGGCGCAUGAACAGUGACGUGUACUCCAGUAUGCUCACCUCUUCGACCAACUCUAUUCACUCAUCUCGCGAGGACAGCCAGUCGUCCUUCUAUCUGAACAACACCACUACCGAGCAAGGCGCCUCAUCAGUGAUGCAGGCUGUCCCCUCGGACACGGCUGUGGUCAUCAGUGCGGGCGCUCUCGCGCCGCUGAGGGCAUCCGAGCACACAGCCUCCCCGAAGGAUCCUGGCAUACACAGGAAGUGCAAACGCGGCAACAGCGGAAGCAGCACUUGGAGCCACGGUCAGCGGAAACGCGAAAGUCGUAGCAGCGGCCGGGCUGUCGCGAGUGCAACUUCGUGUCGGUGUCGUGUAACCCGAGACCACGAUGCUGCGCUGGAGAACGCUUGCAGCAGCUGCAGCAGCUCGUCGCACUGGCCGCUGUCCUCGCGCACAUCAAUCUUAUCAUUUGGCUUGGAGAGUCCAGCGUCUGCCUCGCCAAUUGGGACUGCGAUCCUUCGACAGAGCGCUGGUACCGCUAAGGGGCACAAGUUCGUGCUGGGGCAGAGCUGGAGCUCGCUGCGAGCGGCGAGUGCGAGCACGGUCGCGUCGCCGAGAUCCAGCGAGGAACCGCCGCACCCCGACGGCUGGAGCGCGGGGCACAGCGCUCAAAAAGGCGUACGUUGCAGCUCCAGGGGUGCGACGCCGUUGCCGAACCGGGUACCGUCCUACUCGCAGCGACACGGCUACUUGCAAGAUGCGCCGCACCAAUUCUUCAGCUUUGAGUCGCCUCAGCAGCGUGAAAUUCCCUGUCGACUAGGCACCAUCGCAAAACAACACACCGUUGUGGUGCCGCAGGUCGCCUACUCUUCACCUCCGCAAGAUGUAGCCGGUGAGCCAGAGGGCCACCGCCACCAGCACCAACAGCAGCAGCAGCAGCGCCGACCCGGCUAG